CUGAUCUUUAUAAACUACAAAUGCACUUUGUUUAUCAUCAAAACAAUAACAAAUAGUGAAAUUUUUAUAAAAUAUUAACAAAAUCAAUAAAUUUUAUAUUCUUUAUUGAGUUAAGCAGAAAGUAGAAAUAAUAACAAUGCAAAAUUUUGAUAUGAAUAUGGAUUUUUUAUUUGCACUGCUACCGCCAUCAAAUUUUCAAAUGACCGAUGAGCAGUUGGUGUUGUGGCAACAUAAUGCUUUUUUUGAAUGUGAAUGUGAUAAUUUUAUAAAUCGUCGCAUUGAGGCAGAUCGUCAGGAACGAGCCGAGUAUUUGAGUAAUUAUGCUAUUAAUACUGCUAUACAACAGCAUGGUCUACAGAGACGACGUCGCCGCAGCGAGGGCAACGAAAAUGAAGGAAAUAAUGUCUUCAUAGUUCAUCCACCGGCCAGACGUCCGCGUUUAAGGCCGCUUUACUAUGAGGUAUAUGAAGAUGCUGUGGCAGAAGCUAUACGGGAAAGAGGUUUAGUUUUAAGAGGUAGACCUUAAAAAUUAUAAAUUUAUUUAUGCAUAUGAAAAGAACCACAACACUGUACUGUGCAAUGUGCUAUAGACGCGGAGGAUCGAGGAACUAGA